GGGGAUACUCCUCCCUUGCACCCAGCCUGUGACAGUCUCGCCAGGCCCAGGGCCUGAGGCAGCAGCCCCAGUGGUUAGCCGCAGGGCAGGGCCGGGAGGGCUCCUGGCAGGGACUCUGUUGCGGCCCCCCAACAGACAGGUGCUGGGGCGCAGCGCUGAGCCCAGAGGGGGGCACGGGGCGAGUCUGGGGGGGCCUCACCUGUAAAGCCAUUUCCUGUAACACCCGUGAUGCGGAGGAGAGUGAACAGGAAGCAAAGCCAGAGUGCAGUGGGACAAAGCCCAGAACAAGACACUGCAAGGAGUAACUGGAGCUCCUGAGAUUCUUCCAGGACCUGCAGCAUUUCAAAGCCCCCUAGUCCCAGCCCAGGGGGAGACCAUCAGCAGCACUCCAUAUAGCAUUCAUUUGACUUGCACUGAAUCCGCUCAGAACUAUUCAUGGCCCAAGAAUUACAGUGGGGGCUGGGUUUGGAUGCUUCUGUUAGAUCGGGCUCUGCAGCCCAGCAUGAAAGUAGCCCGUACUCACUGAACAGCAAUGAUCCAGAUUUGGUGUGAGCUGUGUGUCCUGCCCUCCAGUAGUAGCCGGGUCACAGUGUCCUUUCUGGCUGCUUUGCCCAUGCAUGUUCCAGAUGACCUUUCCACCACACCUACCCUCCAGUGCAGCACAUGCAUGAAACGGCCAGUGACCCUGCUAAGUAAAGCCUCUUCCAUGUGCUUCCCUGGCUCUCCUGCGCAGGCUCGCCGUCCGUGUCCUGCAGCUGACAGGCAGUGGGGCAGGAGGGAUGCAUGGUGCUGAGGAAUUCCCUCCCUGCCUUGUCUUCUCUCCCUAGCCAGGCAGGGUUGGUAUAAUUGUUGGAGCUGUCGUGCUUACAAUGCCUGUUGUUUCCUUCUCCCAUGGCACUGAUGCAUCCGUGGGGCUUAAAAGGGCUGAUCUGUGUCAGCGGCCUUCUCUCACUCAUCCUGCUCUGGUGCCUGCUGGUCAUGACAGCUGAUGUCCAGAAGAGAUGGCAGCUUUCCAGUCGCUUCCCCAGCUUCCGAGGGAAGCUGCCCCGAAGGCCUCGCUUUGGGGCCAUCGAAUCUGCCCAGAGGGGCGUGGACUUUCCAUCUCUGUUCACCAGCUCUCACACGCAUCCUCGCUGUGAGCCUGGGCAGCUGCUCCUGAUCCUCGUGACUUCAGCCCCAGGGAAUUCAGAGCCCAGGCAAGUGAUCAGGAGAACCUGGGCUGCCCACGAGGGACAGACAGCAAACCAAUGGCAGUCCGUGUUCUUAGUCGGCCAGUCCGCAGACGUUGGGGUAGCCCACGGCAUCCAGAGAGAGCAGCAGGAGUUUGGGGACAUCCUGAUUGGGAAUUAUCAGGACACCUAUCGGAACCUCACCCUGAAGGUCAUGCAUGGGUUUAAGUGGGUGGCCGAGCGGUGCCGGCCCAGCUACAUUCUAAAGACGGAUGACGACUGCUUCGUCAACACAGACCGGCUGCCAGAGUUCCUGCUGGAGCACAACACUAUUAAGACGGGCCUGUAUGCAGGAUCCCUCUUCUCCCGGGAAAAGCGGCAGGUCAUCAGAGAGCCUUCCAGCAAAUGGUACGUCUCCAGGCAAGACUACCGCCCAGAUGAAUACCCGCCAUACGCCAGCGGCAUCGGCUACAUCCUGUCUCUGGAUGCCGUUGAGCGGAUCCUGUGGGCAGCAGAACAUGUCCACCCCAUCCCAGUGGAAGAUGCCUAUGUGGGCAUCUUGGCUGAGAAGGCUGGGAUCCGGGUGAAAUCCAGUGCGCGCUUUGCCAAGCACAACGUGAGGUGGCGGGUGUGUAACUACCGCUACCUGAUGGUGAUUCAUCACCUGAGCCCACAGGAGCAGGAGGUGGCCAAGGGGAACAUGUUGCAGGCUCGGAGUGCCUGCCAUGAGAGCCUGGAGGUCACCAGGUGGAAGUGAGCCACUGUCUGCCAGGAGGGCUGGUGAGGGACCUGGCAACCUUACGCCUGUAGCACAGUCUGAAGGGGGUUAUACAACCGGUG